AUGGCAGGAAAGAAUCAGAUCACAGAGGCUGAGUUCAAUACCCCGAAUCGAACCAUGGUAGGUAGUGGUGGUGAUGAAGGUGGAGUUGGUGGUUGUGGUGGUAAUGGGGAUGGUGAUUGUGAACGUGGUGGUGGUGGUGGUAAUGGCAGGAUGGUGGUGGUUGUGGUGUUGGUUGUGGAGGUGGUAGUGGAUGUGGAGGUUUUGGAGGAGGUGGUUAUUGUGGAGAUGGAGGAGGUGGUGGAGGUGUCGGAGGUGGAGGUGAAGGUGGAGGAGGUGGUGGUGGCAGUGGUGGCAGAGGAUGAGGAGGAGAAGGAUGUGGUGGUGGUGAUGGCGGUGGUUGUGGAGGUAGUGAAUGUGGUGAUGCAAGUGGUGGACUUGGAUGUGGAAGUGGAGGUUGUGUCAUUUUUUAAAAUGAAUGAUGGUAUUUUGGGAAUUAAAAAAAUUCAUUAA